GGAAGACAUGGGACUCUCUCCACGGUGUACCGGGAGCCGCUACCUUUCUAGGGGAAGCAGCGGUGUCUUCGAGGAAACCGGAAGCCCGCGGUGACCCCUGGCGACCCGGUUUGUUUUCAGGCCGUUUCCAAACAAUUGGGGAAUCGAAACUCAGCGGCCCUGGGGGCGGCCCUACGUCGCCUGGGUUCAGGCUGUCAUGGAUGCAUUAAUAGAAGAUGAUAUCUGUAUUCUGAAUCAUGAAAAGGCUCAUAGAAGAGAAGCAGUAACUCCAGUUUCAAUAUAUUCAGGAGACGAGUCCGUUGCGUCACAUUUUGCCCUUGUCACUGCUUAUGAAGACAUCAAAAAACGACUUAAUGAGUCAGAGAAAGAGAAUUCUUUCCUAAAGAAAAGAAUAAGGUUUUUGGAAGAAAAGCUUGUCGGAUCUCGAUUAGAUGAAGAAACAAGUUCCGUGGGACGAGAGCAAGUGAAUAAGGCCUAUCACGCCUAUCGAGAGGUUUGCAUUGAUAGAGAUAAUUUGAAAAGCAAACUGGAUAAGAUGAAUAAAGACAACUCUGAAUCUUUGAAAGUAUUGAAUGAGCAGCUACAGUCUAAAGAAGUAGAACUCCUCCAGCUGAGAACAGAGGUGGAAACUCAGCAGGUGAUGAGGAAUUUAAAUCCACCUUCAUCAAACUGGGAAGUGGAAAAGUUGAGCUGUGACCUGAAGAUUCAUGGUUUGGAACAAGAGCUGGAACUGAUGAAAAAAGAAUGUAGUGAUCUCAAAAUAGAGCUACAAAGGGCCAAACAAAUGGAUUCAUCUCAAGACAAUCUGAAGAGUAGCGAUCUCCAAGGACUAAGCAUUUCAAGGAUGGCCUCUCUACAUGUAUACCUUCCAUCCAAUGAAAAUUACUGACUUACCUUCAGUGUUAAAUCGUUUGGCCUCCCAAGUUUAUUGACCUAAAUAAAAUGUGAAUCAUCUCAGACUAUUCCUUCCAAAGCCUGCUUGAGAGGAAGAUCACCUAGGGAAACAAUUUGAGGAAGUGACAUGCAGCUGCUCUUCCACGUCAGGAGUGGGCAGACUUCUUUCUGUGCAGCACCGAGGCCGCGGGUCUAGUGCUGUUACUCAGCUCUCCUGUGUGAACAUUUCAGUUACUCCUUCUCAGUUUUACCUGCAUUUACAAAGAAGUCUUUCCCUUUUUUUUUCUCCUCAGCGUGUCAAAUACCAUGUCCAUGUAAAUUUUUUAUAAUUUGUCUUCUUUAUCAGAGUUACCUUUUCUAUCAGUCCAGGUUUGUCAUUUUUACAAGCUACUUUAAAUCAUUUUUAGAUAAAAGCAAGGAAUUGAUAAAUAUGCCAGAAUCAGUGUAACUCAAAUUAGAUGUAAAUAGUAUAGAAUAAGACUUUUGCUUCCUUUCAUUGUGGUUUACUUAAUUAGGGUCAUUUCUAUUGAGAAUGUUUUGAAAAGCUGCCUCCUGCACACACACACACACACACACACACACACACACACACACACAGAGUUAUGCCUGUUUGAAGGCAUCAGACACCUAACAAGAUAGUGAAACAUCUCUGUGCCAAGAUAUAGGGAGGUUAAACACCAAGGAGGUAAGUCCAGUGUUUUUGAGCUAUGUCAACAAAUUGCAGUCUUUUAUUCACUAAAGUUCAGUAUCAAUUCUAAGGGUCAUCUAAAAAAAAACAAUUUUUGGAAGGUAUUGCCUUAAAAGUACGUUGUGGUAGCACUUGGAGCAUGAGACUAAUUUUGUCAAGGCACAUAAAUGUGGGUCAGACCCAUGUUUAUUCUUUAUAGCGAAUUUCUAUUGAUGAAUUAAUUUUAUUAGUUUUAUAAUAUAAAACAAUGAAUACUCAACAGAAAAAAAUAAAAUACUGUUUAUAAAGCAUCAAAAGUUUGAGCAUCAACUGGUUUUUGGUGUACAAAAUCUAGUAAAAGCAUCAUAAGUAAAUUCCCACAUGAACCACAGUGAAAAUACCAAUAGCAUUCAACAAGGCAGUUUGCACAAAGGACCACAGCUCGAAUGAUACACACAUCGCUUUCACUGACAGCACGUGUCUUGCUUUUCUGGCCUUUUUAUAGGGCAUACUUGACAUCUCAGUGGUCUUGCUGUUCUGUCAGGAGGUUAGUAUACAGUGUGUAGUUACCGGGAACAUAAACUAUCAAUAAAGUUAGUACAUUCUUAAUAUGUAUUGGGUUUAGAAUAGACACUUUCACAUCAGCUGUGUACUUCCUUACAAAACCUAAAAGAUAACAUCAGAAAUUCCCUCAUGAACUACAAUGAAAAUACUAAUAGAACUGUGCCAUAAAAAUAAAUUUUGCGUCAACUGUCACAUCCAAGGCAGUCUUCACACAUGGCAACUGCAUGUUCCACAUACGAGUAUCGCUUACACUGAAAACAGUCUUGUCAUCUCUUCUCUUCCUGUGUUGUCAGCUUCCUAGUGUACAACAUGUACUGAGAGAAAUAAAAUGUCAAUAAAACACAAUAUCAAAUAUGUAAUGAGUGCUUAAAAUAGACAUCAGUAUUUUUAUAUCAGCUGUUAAUUUAUAAAACCUAAAAGAUAACAUCAGAAAUAAAAACCUGUGUGAACUACAGUGUAAACACAAAGUAUCACAGAAAUAAACUUUGCUUCACUAUCACACCCCAGGCACUCUCCACACAGCUGCAUAUUCCAGAUACAGUGACUUAUACUGCUAGCGAUGUAUGUUUUAUGUUUUCCUUUACUUUCUCGUAAGGCACAAUGGACAUCUUUUUUGUUAUUGUAAUAGGUCUUUAUGAUGCUGCACCUGCUUUUAACCUGUUAGCUCAUCAAUGUGCUCUGCAGUUUUUUUGCUUAGUUCCCUGGGCAGAAAUACUUUUCCUCUGCUGUAAAUGAUCUUGUAUCAUCUCCAGUCCCAGUCCCAGUCCUGUAAGAAAGUUUCUGAUAUUUUGCACUUGUUUUCUUUGUAAAACUACUAAACUAAUUAUGCCACAUGUGUUUAGGAUUGGAUAAAAUGAUGCUUUUUGUGCUUUGCUGCAUAACAUCAAAAA